ACACGACACUGCCAAUUCUUAAGAGGCCGUCGCAGAGGCAGAAUUGGAGUGGCCAGAAACAAUUUCUCUUUCCCGGAGCCUCCGGAGCCGUACCUGAUGGCGAGUAUGGUAGAACAGAGGCCAAGGCAGAGAUGCUAGCCACGCUGAGGGACCCGGAAGGGGCGUGGCUUCCACUUCAUAGAGGGCUCCGCCCCGACGCAUUACUUCCGUAAACAAAGGGCACUGUUCAGGUGCGGGUGACUUGGGCUGGAGACCGGACUAUUGCUGCAAAGGCUUUGGACUCUCUCUCUGCUUUUCCGGUUAAGAAAAGGAAUCGUAGCCUCUUCUUCCUCUGGUCUUAUGAAGCUACUGUUGAUGCAACGAAGAACCUAAAACAAUGGAAGAGCGGAAAGCUAAGAGGAAGAGUCCCAAGUCUUUCAGUGCCCACUCUACUCAGGUUGCUAAUGCCAAAAAAAAUGCCAUCCCAGCUAGUAAAAGCACGGGCUUUUCAAAUCCUGCGGCACAGUCAACUUCCCAGCGGCCAAAGUUAAAGAGAGUGAUGAAGGAAAAGAACAAACCUCCAGGAGGAGAAGGGAAGGGUGCUCAGACCACCCCCAUCCAGCAUUCCUUCCUCACAGACGUCUCUGAUGUCCAGGAGAUGGAGCGAGGGCUCCUCAGUCUGCUCAAUGAUUUCCAUUCUGGAAAGCUGCAGGCGUUUGGAAAUGAAUGUUCCAUAGAACAGAUGGAACAUGUCCGGGGAAUGCAGGAGAAAUUAGCUCGCUUGAAUUUGGAACUCUACGGAGAGUUAGAGGAACUUCCUGAGGAUAAGCGGAAAGCGGCCAGCGACGCCAACCUGGACAGGCUUCUGUCUGAUGGAGCUGAAAAGCUGACUCAGCGACUAAAAGUACUUGCUGCUCUUGCAGAGGACCCAGAUUCUGUUCCCAGCACCCACAUGGCGGCCCUCAACCGUCUGUAGCUCCAGUUCCGGGGAUCUGAAGCCCUCUUCUGGCCUGAGGGCACCAGGCACACAAGUGGUGCACAUGCUUACAUUUAGAAGAAUUGAAUUCUUCUAUACAGAAACUGCAUUUGGCAGAUGCACAGGAUGUCCCCAACACUUCUACCAGCUAGAGCAGUGUGCAGCCUGCUCUAGGGGUUUGCAGAGAAGCAGCAGUCAUUACUUUUCCAGCUGAGUCCAGUAGCAGAAUCAUCUUCCACAACAAAACUCAAUGAAAGCGCCAGUGCAGUGAUUGUGUUCCCACGUCGCUUCUAGUCAAUGUGCUUGCUGUAAUUCACUGCUGGGGAGGCUGUGGCCUGGCUGUGGGUCAGAUCAGGAAGAGGGAUGCUGAGCUAUGCUGCUGUGUUUUCUUCUGUUGCCUUAAGGGUUAUACUUGAAAUGCAUUGUGCUAAACGUUCAGUAGGGCUGAAGGGUUUGUCCUUCCUGCGAUCACCAUACUGACUCAGUUCUGGUCACGUGUUGGUGGCGCACAGGCCUCCUGUGGCAGCCCAGCUUCAGUUUACGUCAGACAAUCAGUACACACACAGGUGUGUUCCCCAAUGGCCAGUGACAAAUGUUUAAUAAGUAUUAAUAAUAAUGUUUGCUAUUUUUAAUAAAGUGAUUGUUUUAAAUGAU